CUGUUAUUGCUGCACGGAUAGUUUGCGACUACAGCACGCUCGAGCGCGUGUCCUCGUGCGACCUACUUAGCGCAAAUGGUACCUGGCACACACAUAGCAACCAUAUCAGACUCGUUAGCAUGUAGUUACGUAGUACUAAUAAAAUUUAGUUAAUCAACCAAAAACCCUUUUAUUUUACAACCACCUUGAUAGACGCCACAAAUUUGCCUAAUAUUACAAUAACAUUUUCAUAUAGCCUAGCCUACGGUUUAGCUUAUCAUAGUCUAUUAUUACGCUAUCAUUAGUCUAUUGAACGGAAAGACGGAUUUCAAAUGGCCGUUCCGAAGAAUAACAAGUGGAGUGUGUGUAAAGAAGGCAAAACUAAGAAAUAUGGAUACGCGAAGCUCACAGACCACCACGACUCAUUCACUUUCUCGAAUGGUGCUGAAAAAUCCCGUGGUUUUGACUACUCUCCCGUGGAGCCAGUUGGGGGAAGAAAACGUUCUUCCGUAGAUGACCCUUUAGAUAUGGGAGAUAUCUCAGAGGGAACAGGUGUGACCUCCAUGCUCGACAGAUUUGGUGCUGACAUAAACAAAGCUUUCGUUACAAAAAGAAAACGCCUUGAAUUGUUCACCAAGUCAUCUCUUAAGUCCAGCCACCAGGCGAUUGAGCAGAUAUGGAAAACGCAGCAGAGUGACAGAAUGAACCUGACAGAGAACUACAGCACACAGUUCAAUGCAGUUUUUCAGCAAUGGGACAAUGACAUGCAGAAAUCCAAGGAUCAAGAUGAAAAAUUAGCAAACCUGUUCAGGCAGCAGCAAAAGAUGUUUCAGCAAAUGAGGACUUCACAAGUCCAGAGGCUGAAGUCUGUCAAGCAGCUCUUGGACCAGUACAUUCGAAACCUGGAGGAGCUGCAGAAGAGCCACUCUGACCACCACACUGCACUGCAGACCGAACUGCGGGAAGAGAUGACCCUCCUGCAGAAGAAGAUCCUCAUGGACACACAACAGCAGGACAUCGCCACAGUGCGCAAGUCUCUGCAGACCAUGCUGCUCUGAGGGAAACGAGGGGUGAGAUCUACACAUUUCUGAGGACCCUAGCCUGCUGCUGAUCAGUAGCCAGUCACACGUCUGCCUGUGCUUUCAUUGGUCAGCAUUUAACGGUGUCAUCAGUGACUUCACUUCCCAUUGUCUCCAUGAUCUUUACUCAAAAUGCUGUUGUUCAGUUGGUGUUAUGCAGUUGUCUGUAUGUUUGAACGGACAUUUUUUCUCACCGUGAUUAAAAGAGAUGGAAAAAGCCAUUUGAGCCAAAGGAGUGGAGUUGAUGAAAGGAUAAAAGUAAAAUCAUCUUAUCAUAAAUAUAGCAAUCUUUAUUUUACAUUGGCUUGUUUUAUUUAAAAAUGAAUGAUUAAUGAUUUUUACAGAAAAGUUACAAUCAAGCAAACAUAAAAACUGAAAACACUAAAAGGCAAGAAAAGACAUUAAGUUUCCUUUUUUGUUUAAACACUGAAGGAACAUUGAAGGAACUUGCCUCUCAAACUCAUAUGUGGUAUCCUUUGCCAAAUAUUAAAAAAUAAAUAAAACAAAAGCAUAGUUAAUUAAGAAAUUACUUUCAGUGAGUUUAAUUCCUCAGACUGUACUGAGAUGAUACCUACGCAAAAGUCUAAUAGCUUUGGUUAUAUUCAGAUAGCUAAAAGGCAGUGUAUCAUAGAACUGUGCACCCAGUCGUUGAAUAUAAUUUGAAUUUGAUUUAUAUACUCUAUAGCUUACAUCGGGCAGAGAGACAAGACCAUUUAAGAUACAUUGACAAGAAAUGCCAUGUGCAUGUAAAUCUUCAAAUAAAC